UAGUAUAUAAGGCAAGGGGCCAACACAAACAUGUCAGUCACAUCGACUUGGCAUAGGCUUCUCUUCUUGACCAACCAAAACCCCCACAAAUUCUAAAGAGAUGGCACCCAAGAAAGCCAAGAAGAGACAGCAGCAGGGAGAGGGUGGAUCCUCCAAUGUGUUCUCCAUGUUUGAGCAGAGCCAGAUUCAGGAGUACAAGGAGGCUUUCACAAUCAUUGAUCAGAACAGAGACGGAAUCAUCAGCAAGGAUGAUCUUAGGGACGUGCUGGCCACUAUGGGUCAACUGAACGUGAAGAAUGAGGAGCUGGAAGCCAUGAUCAAGGAGGCCAGCGGCCCCAUCAACUUCACCGUCUUCCUCACCAUGUUCGGUGAAAAGCUGAAGGGUGCUGAUCCCGAGGAUGUUAUCGUGAGCGCUUUCAAGGUCCUGGACCCCGAGGCUACCGGCUUCAUCAAGAAGGAAUUAAUUGAGGAGCUCCUGACCACCCAGUGCGACAGGUUCACCGCUGAGGAGAUGUCCAACCUGUGGGCUGCCUUUCCCCCAGAUGUGGCUGGCAACGUAGAUUAUAAACAGAUCUGCUAUGUCAUCACACACGGAGAGGAGAAGGAGGAUGAGUAAAUCCACUUUUUCAAUCCCUCUGCCUCUCUCUGUCAUCCCCCUCACUACCUCCCUUCUCCAACUCUGUGGCCCGCUUACACCCUCCCCUCGCUCUUCUUUCCAUCUCCACCCCACUCACUAUGAAAGACUCUCCUUUAUCGAGAGACUUUGAGUUGAGAGGGUUGAAGGCUAUGGAGGUGUGCUGUGUGAGAGUAUCAACAGUGGGAUUAUUUGAAAAUAAAAUCUUGUACCAUCAAAA